CUCAAAACUCCCUCCCGAAAUCUCAGAUCUAAUAUUUUUUAAAACCUACCAUCUCUUUCGCUAUCUGCCUUUUCCCUUUCUCUCUAUCUGAUUCCUAUCGACAAUGGCCGCCGCCGCCACUUCUUCACCCCGCGAGGAAAAUGUCUACAUGGCGAAACUCGCCGAGCAAGCCGAACGCUACGAGGAAAUGGUUGAGUUCAUGGAGAAAGUCUCUGCCUCCGCCGACAACGAGGAGCUCACCGUCGAGGAAAGGAACCUCCUCUCCGUCGCUUACAAGAAUGUUAUCGGUGCUCGCCGUGCUUCCUGGCGCAUCAUCUCCUCCAUUGAGCAGAAAGAGGAGAGCCGUGGUAACGAUGACCACGUCGCUACGAUCCGUGAUUACCGGGCCAAGAUCGAGUCCGAGCUUACUUCGAUCUGUAACGGGAUCUUGAAGCUCCUUGACACUAGGCUUGUCCCCUCGGCUUCCUCUGGAGAUUCCAAGGUCUUCUAUCUUAAGAUGAAGGGAGAUUACCACAGGUACUUGGCCGAGUUCAAGACUGGAGCUGAACGGAAGGAAGCUGCUGAGAGUACUCUCACUGCCUACAAAUCUGCUCAGGACAUUGCCAACGCCGAGUUGGCUCCUACUCACCCGAUUCGACUUGGACUGGCACUCAAUUUCUCUGUUUUCUACUAUGAGAUUCUCAAUUCUCCCGAUCGCGCUUGCAAUCUCGCCAAACAGGCAUUUGAUGAAGCGAUAGCUGAGUUGGAUACUCUAGGCGAGGAAUCGUACAAAGACAGCACCCUCAUCAUGCAACUCCUCCGUGACAAUCUCACUCUCUGGACCUCCGAUAUGCAGGAUGACGGGGCUGAUGAUAUUAAAGAAGCACCGAAGCGUGACGAGGAGGAGCAACAACAAAAGCCACAGCAGUAGUGAGAGACUGAGAGUCAGCCGGGCUAUUACUUUCAAUUAUAUAAUUUGCCAAUUUAGGGUUUCAAUUCAAAAUGAAACUUCUACCGAUUUGAUGUGUUUUUGAUAGAAGAAGAUUUGGUGCUACUUAGGCAAUUCUUGCCUUUGUUUUAACUCGAUCGUCCAUGUACUCAGUUUUUUUUUUUCUUUUCUUUUUUAAAAUUUUAUUUUAGCUUCUUUGUGCUCCUGAAUGCUCUAUACUAUCUGCUCUGAGCAUAUAUCCGCUUUUACUCUUCACAUUGUGGAAUGGAAAUGAAUGAUUUGGAAGUCACAAUGGGAAAUUGGGAAUUUACUGCA